AUGGAGGGUGCAUAUCGCCAAAGCUCGAGACUAUUACGGUCUCGCAGCUCCACCCUGCUUCACCAGGGCCGCCGUCUCCCCCGAACCGCCGCGGUCGUGACUCCAACCCAGACACGAGCUCUCUCAAAUUCUCCUCGCAGUCUCGCCCCCGAGUCUCUUUUCAGCAGCUUCGCAUCCGGCCAGCCGCAACAGGGCGGUGGCCCCGUUACCUACUUCAGCAACCGGCAAACUCUUCCCGCGAACACCGUUGUCCGCUUCGUGCCCCAGCAAACGGCAUGGAUUGUUGAGCGGAUGGGCAAGUUCCACCGGAUCUUGGAGCCUGGUCUCGCUAUUCUGGUUCCUUUCCUGGACCGUAUUGCCUAUGUGAAGAGCCUGAAGGAGUCGGCGAUCGAGAUCCCGAGCCAGAAUGCUAUUACGGCGGAUAACGUCACUCUGGAGCUUGAUGGUGUUUUGUACACGCGGGUAUUUGACGCAUACAAAGCAAGCUACGGCGUCGAGGAUGCGGAGUACGCCAUUUCGCAGCUGGCGCAGACGACUAUGCGAUCUGAGAUCGGUCAGUUGACUCUGGACCAUGUCCUAAAGGAGCGUGCCACUCUCAACACGAAUAUUACACAAGCUAUCAACGAGGCUGCGCAAGACUGGGGUGUUGUCUGCCUUCGAUAUGAAAUUCGGGAUAUUCACGCGCCGGACGGUGUCGUUGCCGCCAUGCACCGCCAGGUCACCGCUGAGCGGUCGAAGCGGGCUGAGAUUCUUGAUUCGGAAGGUCAGCGUCAGAGCGCAAUCAACAUCGCCGAGGGUCGCAAGCAGUCUGUCAUUCUGGCGUCCGAGGCACUGCGCGAAGAGCAAAUCAACCGGGCUACUGGUGAGGCUCAGGCCAUCCAGCUCAAGGCUCAGGCUACCGCGCGCGGAAUUGAGGCUGUUGCCCAGGCGAUCCAGGAGGGCCAGCAGGAUGCCCAAAGCGCUAUUAGCUUAAGUGUCGCCGAGAAGUAUGUCGACGCUUUCGGUAAGUUGGCUCGUGAGGGUACUGCGGUCGUCGUUCCUGGCAACGUUGGAGACAUCGGUGGCAUGAUUGCCAGCGCCAUGUCUGUCUACGGCAAGGUGAGCGAGUCCCAGGCCAAAACCCUUGCUGCCAAGGCUAUUGGUGCACAGGAGGCACCUCGGUCUUCGGAGCCUACCCGCAGAACUCACCCGGAGGAGCAUGUGGAAAGCGAGACUGAGCCCAACGAGGAGCACCAGGGCAGUGUUGCACAGAGUGUUCUGGAAAGCUUCGAUGAAACCAGCCAGCAGAAGAGGUGA